GUAUGCUUUUACUUACAUUUGCAAAUAACCCCUUAGUCAUCAUAGAACUAUUUUCCCUCCCUCUGACCCGGCGGCUGCCAUCUUGAAAAACUGCAUAUGUGGCUACUCUGAAAGAUUUGCAAAGAUUUGUUACAUGUAAAAGACUGGACGACAGGGACGUCGAGGCAGAACCAUGGCCACGCAAUACCCGAUUCGCUUCCAGGAGCAUGUGCAGCUCACGAACCUGGGCAUCCAGGCUGCCAACAUCGGAUUCUCCACCCUCACGAUGGAGUCCGACAAGUUCAUCUGCAUUCGAGAAAAGGUGGGGGAGCAGUCACAGGUGGUGAUCAUAGACAUGAACGAUCCUAACAACCCCAUCCGCCGCCCGAUCACGGCUGACUCGGCCAUCAUGAACCCUGCCAGCAAGGUGAUCGCCCUCAAAGCUGGACUGUCGGUGUAG